UUCGGUAGUCAUUUUCCAUUUCAUAUCAACCAAGUAUUGUUACUAAACUCCAGCUCCACCACAACAAACUGCAGUCCGGUUCAACCCAAAAUCCACCACCGGACCAAAAUGGCAGCUCUCCUAAACCCUACGGCCCGGCGACUUGCCCGCGAUGCCUGCCGCCGCAUCUCGACGCCGGCGGCAGCGGAGCCCCUCGUGUCUCACCGGAGCACUCAUGAAAGGUACAGUUCCAGCCUGGUGGAUGUGAGUGGCGGAUUCGUUGAGAUGCUUGCCAGCACCCAGAAGUACUACUUGCUUGGAGGCAAAGGUGGUGUCGGGAGAACAAGCAUGGCGGCGUCGCUUGCCAUGAAGUUUGCCAACAGUGGUGAACCGACGCUCAUUGCGUCUAUGGACCCAACACAUUCUCUGGGCGAUUCAUUGGAACAAGACAUGAGUGACGGAAAAAUUAUACGCAUUGAUGGAUUUGACUCGCUUUUUGCAGUUGAGAUUGGCCAUGUGAAGUUAGAGGCGGAACCUUCUGCUUUUGGCUCUUGGAUCCAUAAUAUACUGGGAAGGAUGGGGAUUGAAAUACCUCCUGAUCCGGUUGGAACGUCUAAGCAGUAUGAGAUGCUGAAUAGAGUCCCCCCUGGAUUGGAAGAGGCAUUUGCAAUAUCAGAGCUGAUGAAACCCAUUGAACUGCUAGGGAGCGAUACAUUUAGCCGUAUAGUGCUGGAUACUGCAUCCACUGGGCAUACACUUAAGCUUCUAUCAGCUGCUAAGUGGAUUGAAAAGUUUCUCGGUCUGACCAUCAAGGCUGUAAACGCAGCUUCAUCCAUGCGAGCUCUUAAAUCAGCUUCUGGGAAAGCGCAAGUAGAUUCUUCCAUGCUAGAGGAAUUAAGACAGCAGACUGCCAGAGUAAGUGAGCUUUUGUAUGAUCCACAAUCAACAGAAUUCAUCGUUGUGACAAUUCCAACGAUGAUGGCAGUUAGCGAGUCAUCAAGAUUUCAUGCAUCUUUAAAGAAGGAUGGUGCGCACACAAGAAGGCUUGUUGUAAAUCAAGUGUUACCACCAUCUGCAUCCGACUGCAGAUUUUGUGCUGCAAAACUGAGGGAACAAGCACGUGCCUUCAGUGCGAUAAGGGAGGACCGCGAACUUGGCGGCCUGAAGCUAAUCCAGGCACCACUCCUUGAUUCGGAGGUGAAAGGCGUCCCUGCACUCAGAUUCCUCAGCGAUUCAGUGUGGAAAUAGCUGUUUGGAUGGCAACGCCGUAGAAAUUUUUUUUGUUGGCAUUUUUUCCUUUGAAGCUUGAUAAUAUUGGUAUCUGCAUACUAUCUCAUUUGAGCAAUCACCAUGCAAAAAUAUAUGGUAGACGUGGAGAAAAGAUGAACCCCGCGAGGAUAUCAGUCUGUUGAGAUCGCAGAGCUGUAAGCACUUGCUCAUCAAUGGAGAAUUCCUGACUUGAAA